UCACGAGCUGCCAUGUGGAAAAAUAAAUUUAUUUUAAUUUGUGGAAAUUAAAUAAAAUGUUUAGCCUUAAGCAUAUUUUAAUAGUAAUGCAAUACAAGUGAUAAACUCAGCAAAAAGCGAACAAGUAGGCGGAAAAAGUUAAUGGAUUGAUGGAUUUGAUAGCUAUACGUUGAAAGCGAAGCAAAUUUGCAAAAAUAACAGCGGACGUGUGGACUAGGCGAAGCUAACUGCUCUCAUCUCUAUUUAAAAUUCCAAAAAUGAAAUUGCGUUCAUUCUAAAUGACACAUGGGAACCAUGACAAAAGACUACGACUAUUUGCUGAAAGUUCUUCUGGUGGGCGACAGCGAUGUGGGGAAGCACGAGAUACUUUCGAACCUGGAGGAUCCUUUCCCCGAAAGUCCCUUCUGCAGCGGUAAUGAUUGCACCUCUCACAUCCUCCAAACGGUAGCAUACAAGACAACUACAAUACUAUUGGAGGGUAAGCGGGUGAAGCUCCAGCUGUGGGACACAUCCGGCCAGGGACGAUUCUGUACAAUCAUCCGCUCUUAUUCACGCGGUGCUCAAGGUAUUAUACUAGUAUACGAUAUAACCAACAAAUGGAGCUUUGAUGGGAUCGAUCGUUGGCUUAAAGAGGUCGACGAGCACGCUCCGGGCAUACCCAAGGUGUUGGUGGGAAAUCGCCUGCAUCUGGCUUUCAAGCGGCAGGUGGCCGCCAAACAGGCCGAAACCUAUGCCAGCCGCAACAACAUGUCCUGCUUCGAGAUAUCGCCGCUUUGCGAUUUUAAUAUACGCGAAUCCUUCUGUGAGCUGGCGCGGAUGGCGCUGCAUCGCAACGGCAUGGAGCACAUUUGGCGCAGCAAUAAAGUUCUCACACUGCAAGAGCUGUGCUGCCGGACGAUAGUGCGGAGGACGAGCGUGUACGCGAUCGAUUCGCUGCCCCUGCCGCCCUCGGUGAAGUCCACGCUCAAGUCAUACGCUUUGACCACGUCGCAGUGCUACAAUUCGCUGACGCAGAGCUCGAAAAGUAAGAACCGCUGCAAGACGCCGACGAGUAGCAGUCGAAACAGCUGUGCGAUCGCGUGAUCGCUGCCUUGUAGGUCGCUGCUGCAGGCCAACGGCCCACGCGAGCUGCCUACAACAUCUGACUACAACAGCCCCCCUUCGUCAACCGACAUUAACUAUAAUUCAACUAUAAUACUGUACUCUAGGCUACCACACACCACACAUACACCCCACGCACAUGAAAUCCUCUCCGUAACUCGAUUAACAUUAUUUUGUUUGUUUCCAUCGAGAUUGAUAUACCAUUACUAUGUAUUUAUUGUCACCCGAAAACAAAGUUUACUUUUUACACAGUAAAAUUUAAAUUUUAGUUAUUUGUAAUGCCAUACCCAUACCCCCUGUACCCUCCAAUCCCUUGCAUUAUUCUACUGUUGUUAAUAUUAUUAUGUUUGUAUAAUUAUAAUAUAUAAAAUGCUGAAAACUCGGAACAGCCACCACAACACCCACAUCAUCCAAACCCACACACCGAACUUAUCCGAAAUGAAAGUGAAAGUGAUCAGACCAUUUCUCGGUGUAUACAUUAUUGAAUCAAACUACUUUAUGAAUUUUUUUUUUGUUCGGUUACUAUCGCUUUAAACAUAUUUUCAGAGAUGAAUGUAUGCGGGGUAGAAUCCCGCGGGAGGACGCACACUCACACGAAAGGCGAAUUGAUAAAGAUAAAUCAUAAUGAACCACGAAACAAA